AUGCCCGUAGACCUAUCGCUGUACCUGGUGACGGACUCGACCCCGGCAAUCCUGAAGGGGCGAGACCUGUGCACGGUUGUGGAAGAUGCCCUAAAAGGAGGGGUCACGGUCGUGCAAUACCGGGACAAAAAGAGCGAUACCGGAGAUUUGAUUAGCACAGCUAAAAAGCUGCAUCAAGUCACCCAGCGCUAUGGUGUCCCACUACUGAUCAAUGAUCGAGUGGAUGUUGCCCUUGCUGUGGGAGUCGAGGGUGUUCAUUUGGGUCAGGAUGAUAUGACUUUUGAAUUGGCGAAGAAGCUUCUUCCCAAAGAUGCUAUUAUUGGAAUUAGUACCUCGUCUAUAGAAGAGGCUCGCAAGGCUGUCGCCGAUGGCGCCGAUUACAUUGGUAUUGGGACAAUGUUUGCCACUCCAACAAAAACCAACACCAAGUCUGUUAUUGGAACAGCAGGGACUCAGGCUAUUCUGGAUGCCAUUAGUGAAUCUUCUAUUGGUACGGUCUCUAUUGGAGGUAUCAACCACGCCAAUGUCCAACGGGUACUCUACCAGUCCAAGUCCCCGAACAAGGGCCUGGACGGAGUAGCUAUUGUGAGCGCUAUUGUGGCCGCCGACGACCCCAAGGCUUCGGCCGAGGAGUUCGCCAAGCUUAUCAAGUCAACUCCUGUAUUUGCAUUGGAUUCUAAGGUUGCCGGGGCCAGCAAGCCCGAGACCCUGGUAGCUGAGGUGCCGCAGAUCGUGCGCAGAUUGGUCGAGGCGCACCCAUUGGUCCACAACAUGAUUAACUUUGUAGUGUCUAACUUUGUUGCGAAUGUUGCAUUGUCCAUUGGCGCAUCGCCUAUCAUGUCUCCAUACGGCGAUGAAGCCAAGGAUCUUUGCAAGUUCAACGGCGCUCUUCUCAUUAACAUGGGUACAUUGACCAGUGAGAGUAUCCCAAACUACGAAAAAGCUAUCAAGGCGUACAACACACGGGGUAACCCUGUGGUCCUAGACCCCGUGGGUGCUGCUGCAACAGAGAUUCGCCGAAAUGCGGUCUCUCGACUCAUGUCGGGUGGAUACUUUGACCUGAUCAAGGGUAAUGAGGGCGAGAUUCGCCAGGUCUGGGGUAGUAAUGCAGUGCAGCAGCGGGGUGUUGAUAGUGGACCCAGCACCCUCACUGACUCGCAAAAGGCUGCUCUUGCCCGAGACCUUGCCCGACGAGAAAGAAAUAUUGUGCUGAUGACUGGAGCCGUUGACUACCUGAGUGACGGAGAGCGUGUUUUCGCCGUUGAAAAUGGCCACCCAUACUUGGGACAAGUGACCGGAACUGGAUGUGCCCUUGGUAGCAUCUCAGGCUGUUUCCUGGCCUCCCCCUACUCCGACAAACUGCUUGCUGUGCUAUCUGGCCUUCUGAUGUACGAGAUUGCAGCUGAAAAUGCUGCAGCCAAAGAUUAUGUUCGCGGUCCUGGCAGUUUUGUACCAGCCUUCCUAGAUGAGCUAUACGCCAUCCGCACGGCGGCAGCCAAGGGCGACGAUAGCUGGAUCGCUGGCCGAGCAAAGGUGCACGAGGUGAAAAUCUAA